GUAUGGAAUUGUCAAAACGCAUCUUUGCACUACAUGACGACACGAGCAAGAACCUGAGUCUCUCUCUCCGAGCACGUUUCCUUCCUUGCAGACGCCUUCACUCUCAACUCAUGGAUCAUGGAGACUCGAUACCGUCACAUCUUCCCGAACCACCUCCCUAGGGAUUCCUCGAUGGCCGCUCGAGAGCUGGCUGGGCGCGCGGCACAUAACAAAGGGAAGAAGAAGCGCGCUUCCGUCCGCGUUGCGUGCAACGCCUGUCGGAGCCGUAAGACUGCGUGCGAUGGGAAACGUGCGCAGUGCACGCCAUGCACCAGGCGUGGCACCGAAUGUGUGUAUAUCACCGAGGACGCCAAAGAGACACCCAGCAUGGCGCUCAAGCGAGAGAAUGCGGAUAUGCGCAAAGAGACAAACGGCUAUCGCGAACUGUUUCGAUACUUACAAACUGCCCCUGAACCCGACGCCCAUGCGGCCUUGUCGCAGCUACGCAGCGCUCCCCUGGAUGAUAUAUCGGGUGUUCUAAAGAGUAUACGCGAGAACUCCGGUCAGAUGGACGUAAAGAAUGGGUCAAGCCCUGACGAGGCAGAGUUGGAAGAGAUGGCCUAUCCUGAACUAAGUCCGGUGACAACUCUCACCACGGAGUCCGACAACAUGUGGUCGCCAUCUCAUCAGCAACAGAUGAGUCAACCAGAGUGGAAUGUGGUACAUGGUAGUCAACAGAAUACGAAUGAGAUGAUGUCCGAAUCCACGAUGCAUAACAACGACUUGAAGACGGGUUCAUCGACGUUGUUUGGAGAGGCUGUGGCAAUGAAUGGGUUCGCCUCACCAUUCUUCUAGCUUUAGAUCCAUUCCCUUGGACUCCCUCGGCAUAUUUCCCCGCGGCGGCGUUCUGGAUUUGCGUGGGUGGUAUGCUUAUCCAUGGGAGGCAGCAAUGUUUCCAGUUGUUAUUAGCGUUGGGCAUCUACUUG